AUGCGAAAUGUUCUUGAAACUACGUUUGUGAUCUUUCCAAUUUGUGCCUUGCAAUGCAAUCGAACCUCGUGGAGAAACUCCUGGAUCUGCGAGAGAAGCAAUCAGCUUCAUUCCGAAGGAUUGACUGCCUCAAAAAGGAACACGAAGACUGGCAGAAAUCCUUCGACGAACUCCUCUUCAGCAUCCAGAGCAGCGAGGGUAGCGAGGGCAGCAAGGGUGUCAGUCAGCCCACCUCACCGACUUGUGCUCCGCCGGCGGAGCCGGAUGCGCCGCGCGACGCGCCGCGCCUGCUCCCGCCGCCCAUUGCACUGCCGCCGGGAGAUACCGAGUUGGUCUCGGAGAGGAGUACGGAGCGGAGUGGGAGUCGAGAAGGGGAGCUGGACAAGACGCCGUCCGCGGCAUCCUUCCAAGCACCAGUGCUGACCAAGCGGGAUCAAAGUGGACCCUUGCACAAGCUGGUGAGGCAGGAGCUGGCAAAGGUGGAUUUGACCCUCAGUGAAGAACAACACAAUAAGCAAAAGCGCAUCCACAAGCUCCAGCAGUUUGUUCAGAGGAUAGUGAAAAAUGACCGAUUCGAGUAUGUGACGGGCUUUGUGAUCGCUUUAAACCUAGUUCUGAUUGGAAUCGAAGCUGAUGCGUCGUACGCGCAGCAAAAAGACCACUUGCCCUGGGCGUAUGUCACUGAAAGGCUCUUUUUCUUCAUCUAUUGCUUUGAAGCCCUGCUUCGUUUUAUUGCAGGGUCCAACAUCUUCAAAGACAUUUGGUUUUUUACAGACAUGAUGCUGAUCACGAUCGCUUUUGUUGCCCUCUGGAUCCUCCCCUUGACAGUUGGAAACUCUGCCGAUGGCGUGGAGAAGCUACUUCUGGUGCGGGGAGUCCGCUUGUUGCGGCUGGUGCGAGCGCUGAGGAUGUUCAAGCACUUCAAGGUGAUGUGGCGAUUGGUGCAUGGAUUGAUCUCGGCGGGUCAGACGAUCAUCUCCACCACCGUGCUGAUCCUCGUGUCGCUCUUUGUCUUCUCAUGCAUGGCAGUUGAGCUCAUUGCCAAGGACGACAAGCUUAAUGAAAUAACCGAGACCAAAAAGAUCAUCGAUGAGCACUUCAGCGGCAUUGGACCAUCUAUGGUGACUUUGAUGCAAUUCGUCACCGUGGACUCCGUGGCUGCGAUCUAUUUCCCCAUCAUUAUCAACCAGCCAUAUCUCUGCUUGUUUUUUCUUCUGAUCAUCGUAGUGAUUUCUAUUGGUCUGAUGAACUUGGUGACAGCAGUCGUCCUGGAGAAUGCCAUGGAAUCUGCUGUUCAAGAGGCUGAGGAAGAACGGAGCUCAUUGAAGUGCAAAGUCAAGGAGGCGAUACCUGAAUUGCUGAAGAUUUUUGUGAAGAUCGAUAAAGAUGAGAGUGGUAUCAUCUCUCGUGAUGAAAUGGCGUCGGUGCAUGAGAAUGUGUUGCCUCGGCGGUUGAUGGACUCUGCCUGUGUGGGAUCCAUCCUGGACUUCUUUGACUUUUUGGACGUGGAUGAGAAAGGAGAGUUGACACAGGAAGAGUUUGUGGAAGGAUUGCUGAAUCUAUGCCUGCUGGAAAUGCCAAUCCACGCUAUUCAGACUCUGAAACUGCUGCACCUGACCGUGAACAUUUGCAGAAAAAUUGACCAAAACUUGGAGGUGCUUCGAGCUCGCACUUUGGGCAGUAUUCCUGACAAGGGCACCAAUGGCGAUGUGUGCUCUCCUGGCCUCCUUUGGCCUCAGGAGUCCUAAGGCCCUAAGGCACAGCACAUAAUUCCGGCUGCUAAAAAUGUGGGAACCACAUAGUGCUGAGUGUUGGAGUGUUGGCACGUGAUAUCUUUUUGUGGAAACUGGACUCGUAAGACUGCUGAGACCCAGCAGGUUGG